UUUACUCCAAGAAUUACUUCUCUGGGGGGGUGUUGUCUUCUCAAAGAAGUGAGACCACCUACCAUUCUUUGAAUCAAAGGCUUCAUAGCAUGCAAGGCCUUUGCGAUUUCUAUAAAGUUUUUAUAGAUGUUGUUGAGGAGUGGAGGGAUAGGGAGAAUGGUGAAGAUUACAAUGCAUUAAAUGGCAACAAACAUCUAGCAUUUGUAGAUGUUAAGUUACUCAAUGAGGCCAAGAAGAUAUACAUUGUUGCUGUGUAUUUGACAUUUGAGGAAAAUUUCAUAAGAGGUGCAUCGUUUUGCCAGAAAAUACUCAAGUAUGACCCACCUUUCUUUAAAUACCAUGUGGGGCGCACUGAGAAAGAAUAUCUAAUGCAUCUUGUUAAAUUUGACCAACAAAAGAUGACAAUUGAUUGCACAUGCAAGUAUUUCACUGAGAUGGGUCUAUUAUGUUCUCAUUCAUUGAGGAUUUUUCACAUACAUAAUGUUGAAAAAAUCCCCCAGAGAUACAUUUUGGGUAGAUGGGCAAAACAUGCUAUGUGUACAAGAGUUGACGAUGACGUUGGCAAGGAUGUAAACAUUCUUCAAGCGUCGGUGUGGCGUGUUCAAACUACAAGGACGCUUUAUCAAUAAUAAAUUCAACCCAACAUGACAUAGCUGCUAUGAAGGUUGUGGAGAAUGCUUUUAGUGAUUUAAAGUUAAAGGUUGAGUUGCUUACUAGGAAGGUUGAUGAAUCAAUCACAAUUGAUGAAGUGAAAAAAUUGUUAUAUCCUGUUGUGAAAGAUCCACCUAAAAAGAGGAAGAAAGGAACUAGAGAUGUAAGGUUGAAAAGCACUGUGGAAAAGCAGGUGAACAGGCUAAAAGGGUGGAAGAAAACUGCUGAGAAAGCUGCAAUGAGGAACAAGGCAAAAGCGCAGAAAUCUGUCCAGGAAUACAUUGAUAUCCCUGAAGAAAGUAUUGUAGCUCACUCAACACACAACAAGUCUCUUCUUGAUGUGUAUGAACCCGACGAUUAUUUUCCUAUUAACCACAUCCCCGAGGAAGGUAGUAAAGUUGAGCAGCCGCAUCAUAAAGCAGCUUUGGACGUCUAUCAUGAAUAUUCUGAGAAGCUUUUUGGUAAUUGAGAUGCGAUAUUUGGACACCUAACAUGAAUAUUUUGAAGAGCUCUUUGGGAAAUGAAACGUAGUCCACCAUGAAUGAGUUGUUGAUACACUAUUUAUUUUUUGUAAUUCAUGUAGCUCAUUCACGUUGUACUUGGUCUAAAACACCCAAAAACUACUUGUUUUUAAUUGAAGGUGGUGCUAAGUUAUACAAUCUUUAGAAUUGGUCUAUAUAUUAACUGUAGUUAGUGAACAUGAAAGUAAUGAUAAUGUACAUGUAAAAAAUAUGAGUAAAGAGCUUUGUAUUUUGCAUCUAAUGUGAUGUAAAAGUG